AUUUCAGUACAUGAUGCUUCGCCUAGUGUUAGCGCUCUUUUUGGCAGGUGUGUCAGCCGAAUUGGCUAAUACAGAGUUAGCUGAAUAUGGAGAACGACUUCUCAACGACUGUACCAGGUGCAAUCUUGUGCAAGCGAUGUUGACCAUGCCAGUGGUCAUGGACGAGAUCCAAAACAUCAGCCCAGAAUUUGCAAAAUAUCUGUCAAAUUCUCAGUCGCAGGACUGCACUUCGCUUUGCACAAAUCAAGUCCAAGCUUGCAAUGCCCUCAGCGUCCUGUCUGAGGAUAUUCUCGGACCCGUUCACGACAUGGUUGGAGAUGAUGCGAUGACUGAAAUAAUGAAUGUGAUGGCAAUGUUCAUCGACCCAGCUGACAGCUGUGGAUUCCGAGAUCCUACCAUGCCAAUCACGCAAACGAAACAAACCAGAGGUCAGAGAUUGUCCAUUACUGCUGCCGCUACAUGCGUAGCUUGCCGUAUUGGCAUGAAACUGAUUCAUUACACUGUUGUUGGAGGAAAGAGUAGCACUUCAAAGAAAAUCAUUGCUGCGACUGGCAAAGGUCUGACAAAUUUAUGUAUCAAGAUCAAGAUUCCUGAGCUAUUGUCGAAGGUUUCCUGGCUACUUGGACAGGUUGAUGUCUGCGGUGCGAUGCCAAAGGUCGCUGAGAAGCUCUUUGAGAAAGUCCUUGCUCCAAUCUUCACUGCCCCCAUUGCUGGCAAAAUUUGUGGAAAGAUAUCCCCAGGAUGCAGCAUCAUCUGAGAAUUGGACAAGUGAACCUCAAACUCAUGCAUUUUUUGAGAUACAUCAUGCUAAAAUAAAGCUGCUCUAUCAAGAAC